AUGCUGGGCACUGACGCAUAUGCUUGCGUUUGCAAAGGCAAUUAUGCUCCACUGCUUACUGUCCCGAGGCCCAACUGCCUUGCGUACCGGCACAUUUGUGAUGCAGCAGACCAGAGAAACGAUACAAUAUCGCUUCUUCCGUACAGGAAAAUGUCUAGUAUUAGUUGUUUCAAUGGAGGACAAUGCAUCUCAUCGGCCGACGGAUCACAUGCAAGAUGUCUUUGUCGAAAAAACUCACUGAACGAGCCUCUUCACACGGGUAAAUAUUGUGAGAAGAACAUUGGAAUCUGGUCAAGUUGGUCCGCUCCUUCUCCCUGUUUUCCAACUCGUUGUGGUCGUAUUCGGUAUAAAUGGCGACGUCGACGUUGUCUUAAUGCCAGCGAUCCGGCCACAUGGACAAGUGCUUCCAAGUGGGAUCUAUUGAACGACCAUAACCAUGAUGGCAUAGUGGUUCCCGAGGUCAGAUGCGCAGGAACUUCAGAGGAGGUGCUGCCAUGUAGUGAACUGGACGAGUGUAAAACUCUGAGACUGCCGAGCCGUAUGCGUGAAGAAAUUAUUGAUUACAAAACAUUGUUUUACUUCUUACUUAUAACCGGUAUUCAGAUCUUUAUCAGCGCGGUCGCACUUUGCAUCGCACAAAACACAUGA